UGUAGCCCCAGCAGUGCCACCUGUCAGUGUCCAUCAGUGCCUUGUGUCAGUGCUCAUCAGUGCCACCCAUCAGUGCCAGUCAGUGCCACCUAUCAAUGCCAAUCAGUGCCACCUAUCAGUAGUGCCAGUCAGUGCCGCCUAUCAGUGCCAGUCAGUGCCGCCUAUCAGUGCCAGUCAGUUGCCGCCUAUCAGUGCUGCCUAUCAGUGCCAUGUAACAGUGCUGCCUUUCAGUGCCCAUCAGUGAUGCAUGUCAAUGCCCAUCAG